AUGUGUCCCCCAGUCAGCGUUCGCCACGGGGCCAAGGGCAUGUCCUGCCUCUAUGCGGCCUGGCUAUACCAGCUUGUCCAUGACCAGAUGAAGAUCUGCUUUGCUUGCCUCAAGGCAGCUUUCCUGGUAGUUAAGAACAUGCUGGAGAUGGGAGACUGGGAAGAGGAAGAGUGGGGUGCUGAGCCCAUGGACCUCUCGGAGGCAGGAUCCGAGCCGGAGGAGUGGCCGGGGCUCAGCUGGGGAGAGGGCCAAGGGCAUCUGCCCCAUGGCACCUCUGUUUCUACUGGUCCUGGCAUCCUGACACCAGGCCCUGUAGGCACAGAGGGGAUAGGGCUGGGACCCCAGCCUGUGCCCACUGAGCUGGGGCCUCAGGAAGCUGUCCCCCUGGACCUGGGCCCCGAGGAUGCUGAGUGGACCCAGGCCCUUCCCUGGAGAUUUGAUGGUCUUUCUCCCUGCUCCCAUUGGCUAAUCCCCCCUCUGUCCUGGUGGGAUAUUUUCAAUGUGAGCCCAUCUCCUGGGCAACCUGUGUUGUUGGAGUUGAGCCCCAUCUGGCCCAUGGACCCGUUGGAAGCAGAAGCCUGGCUGGUAGACCUGAAGUUCGUCUUCUUGUUGGGUGGCUUCGAUGCCAUCUGCUACCUGCUGUCAAUGACUCCUUGCUGGGCUGUGAGGACCCGGGUCCAGCGCUGGCAGGUGCUGCUGGACCCUGGUGAGGUGAGGGUGGCCCAGCUACAGAAUGCACCUCAGCAGCAGGACCUGCACCGCUGGAGGCUGAGCAUCUUGGAGUCCUCGGAGCUGGGUGUGGAGCUGGUGCCCGCUGAUUGCAGCCUGCGGAAGGGAGGCUUCAAGGUGCACUCCUACCUGCCCUGGCACAAUAGCACCCCAGAGGUCUGGAGCAGGGAGCCAGGGGAGAGGCUGCUUGUCAUAGAAGUCGUGUCUCUGAGGGAGCUACCCUGUUUCCGCUCCCCCUCCCCUGAUUCUCACAACUGA